UAAAUAAUAUGAAGAUAAUUUAAGGGUUGCAAUUAUCAGUGCAAGAUGGCGACGGGUUAUGUCGAUCUGCGUUAUAAGCUCCUUCAAUCUUGUCAAAAAUUUCCAGUUAAUCGUCAUCAGAGAGACGUGGAAGAUAUAAAUAACGAUAGAUGGAAACCUUAUCAAACGGAUAAACGUAAAUAUAACGAUCGACAAAAUUAUGGAGACGUUUUACGUAAAUUACACGAAGGCAUACAACAGAGACGUAUGUUUAGCGAAGAGGAAUGCAUUUGCAUCGAGAAUAAAAUUGAAGACGUCGUUAGAUGCGGGGAAAUCGGUAAAUAUAAACAACAUACCGUCGACAGAUCGCCACUUAGGAAUAAAUAUUUCUUCGGUGAAGGGUAUACCUACGGUUCUCAAUUGUCUAAGAAAGGACCUGGCAUGGAAAAGUUAUACCCAAAAGGAGAGGUGGAUGAUAUACCUCAGUGGAUUGAAGAUUUGAUAAUUAAGCCAAUGAUCAAAGCCAAAAUCGUACCCGAGAAUUUCAUCAACAGUGCGGUAAUCAAUGAUUACCAACCCGGUGGAUGUAUUGUCUCUCACAUUGACCCGGCUCACAUAUUCGAGAGGCCGAUAAUAUCUGUUUCUUUCAUGAGCGACAGUGCAUUAAGUUUUGGUUGCAAGUUCAGUUUCAAGCCCAUCCGUGUUACGGAACCCAUACUCUGCUUACCUGUCUGUCGCGGUUGUGUUACCAUUUUAAGUGGUUAUGCUGCAGAUAACAUAACUCAUUGUGUUAGACCUCAAGAUGUAAAAAAGCGCAGAGCUGUGAUUAUUUUAAGAAGGGUUCGGCCAGACGCUCCAAGAUUGACAGCGGAAGAGGUCACACAAUUAAAUCAACCUAAAAUGUCUCAGUUGGAGAGUAUUUCUUACAAAAGCCCAAAUUUCUGGAAAAUUAUAGACAGAGAAAGCUCAAAUCAGAAUGUGGAUGAAGAAAAGAAGAAACAAGACGUUGGUUCAAAGAGAAAAAUCCAGAGUUCUGUGUCAUGGGUUUCGCCUUCAAAUCAGGACUUUGGCAAGAGUGGCGAAGAACCCCAGGCAAAAAUCACAAAGAGGUAUCCAUCUGACGAUGGAAGCAAGAGUGACGACAAGGACAUUUCUCAAAAUUCAAUGGCUGGAAGGAAAAUACGCAUAAAACGUCCCGCCGCCUACUCCACUCACAGUUAGUUUUUAGUCUCCCUUCCACUCGCAACAGGCUUAUUAUUAUUUUUGUUUUUUUAUGCCGAUGUAAAAUAAACUAUGCACAGUGUUUUCUUUUUUGGUACGAGCAGGCGAUGAACGUGUUUUUAAUUCCACCAGGCUUCCCGUUUUUCCAAUAGAAACCAAAUGGUGGCAGAGAAUUUUAAUAUUUAUCCAGUUUUUGAUUUUAGUUCUUAUCGUUCAAAGUUUUGCUUUACAGUUUUGGUUUGUAAAGAAAACAAUAUAUAUACUUAAGAUGUUAUCUUGUUAUCGAUAAAACAAAUCUUGUUAACAACUUGCAUAUACUGUUGCCAUUUAUAAAUGUUGGAAACUCGCUUAUGCUAGUCACGUGUACA